CAGUUUUCAAAAAUUCUUUCUGAGAAGCACGAUUUCAGCAUCUACACUAAAGACAUUGAGUUUGUUAAUAACUGGUUUCCUGAUAAAAGCUAUUCAACAGUAGGUACAAUGCAAUAUGCCAUAGAGUUGGCUAAGCUAAAAAUAUACGUCCUCAUGCGAUUGGCCAAUUCCAAAAUGACCUUACUCAAGGUGACCAAUCACGUCGAAGAUAGCUCUGUGAAGAUAAGAUGGAGAAUUUUGGGAAUUUCCCACUCGAAAUUUUUUUUGAAGUUUUUCAAAGAUAAUUCUAAAAAUAGAAAUGGUGAUGAUGACGAUGAUCUAACAGAGUGGUUGGAUGGCUUUUCGACAUUCUACGUUAACAAGAAGGGGCUGGUUAAGAAGCACAUCAUGGAGAGGGUA